GUAUUUCAAAACACCUCCAUUGGUAUCUGAGCAGCACCCUCAUCUGCUUCGCCAUGCUUCUGAGGAGUAUAAUUCUGUUGCUAACGUUCACGCAGAUCUACGCCGGGGAAGGCUGGAGAAAGCCUGGCUGCCAUAAAACGGGCCAUACUCGGGAAAUCAACAUACCGGACUGCGUGGGCUUCAAGAUCACGACCAACGCCUGCCGCGGCUACUGCGAGUCCUGGUCGCUGCCCAGCAUCAUGCUCGGAUUUAAGCGGCACCCGGUCACUUCGCUGGGGCAGUGCUGCAACAUCAUGGAGUCGGAAGACACACAUGUCAAGGUGCAAUGUAUUGAUGGGGAACGGAAUUUGACGUUCAAGUCGGCAGUGUCCUGCGCGUGCUACCACUGUCAGAAGGAAUAG